AUGGUGUUGAAAGUUUGUACUCACUCAGGAUCAUUCCAUGCGGAUGAAUCUCUCGCAGUUUAUAUGUUAAGGCUCUUGCCUAAAUAUGCUGACAGUGAAUUAAUCAGAUCAAGAAAGCCAGAAGAUUGGGAAGCAUCAGAUAUUGUUAUUGAUGUUGGUGGAAAAUAUGACGGUGUUAAGUUUUUUGACCAUCACCAACGUGAAUUUAGCGAAACCUUCUCAGAAAAAUUUAAGACCAAGUUAUCAUCUGCAGGUCUUAUCUAUAAGCAUUUCGGUAAGGAGAUUAUUUCUCAUCACUUAGACUUAUCUAUCCAGGAUGCUAACGUUGAAUUGCUUUACUUGAAGAUUUACAAAGAGUUUAUUGAAGCCUUGGAUGCCAAUGAUAAUGGGAUUGAUAACUAUAGCAAGGAAGCUGAGGCCUCUAAGAAAUUCAAUGACAAAAAUAUUACCUUGCCAUCUAUUGUGUCUAAAUUGAAUCCAUCAUGGCUCGUAGACCCUACUGAUGCUGACUAUGACGCUGCAUUUACCACUAGUUCUCAAUUAAUGGGAACUGUUUUUGUUAACUUACUCGAUGGAUAUGGUAAAUCAUGGCUCCCAGCUAAAAAUUUCGUUUCCCAAGGUUUCGAAUCUAGAUUUGACGUUGACAAGUCAGGUAAGAUUUUAGUAUUAGAAAAAUUCUGCCCAUGGAAAGAACAUUUGUACAGCAUUGAAAAGGAAAAUGGCAAGGAAGGUGAAAUCGAGUUUGUCUUAUUCCAAGAUUCUUCCUCCAAAUGGAGAAUCUCUACUGUUCCUGUAACUUCUACCUCAUUUGACUUCAGAAAGGGUUUAUUAGAACCAUGGAGAGGUGUUAGAGACCAAGCGUUAAGCGACUUGACUGGUGUUCCUGGGUGUAUUUUUGUGCAUGCUGCUGGAUUUAUCGGGGGUGCUGAAACCAAGGAAGCAGUUAUCGAGUUAGCAAGAAAAAGUUUGUAG